GCUGCCAGGGGUAUGGAUGCCACAGUGGAGUACGAGGUACCCUGUCAAACCCGCCAACCGUCAACUCCGUGACGGAAGGACUGGCUGCCAAUUCUUCAAUGCUUUAACUCAGCCCGAUAAGAUCUACUCUCGCAGAUAUUAGUCUGCGCUUCUCUUCCCAUUCAACCAUUUUAUUUUUUAUUUUAUUUUUUCUGGUAGAUCGAAACCCACAUCUUACAUGGUACGAUGGGUUCGUUACCAGUAUUAUCUAUAUUAAUUGUCGUGUCUUGUUUCGGAAUACUCGACACCGAUUAUUAUUAGUUAAAUACCUAUCUUUAGCCUUUCCAUUCAUAUACCAGGUACCUAUCUACCAGGUACCUAUCAGGUAUCUAUAUCUCCUUAUACUGCCUAUCUUGAUAAAAUAUAAAAUAUACAGCAAAAUGUAUCAGUUUAUUUUAUUUGCCUUCCUUAUUCUCGGCGGUUAUUUCCAUUAUCUGUGGAAGGCCGAAGCCGCCCUCCACGAACCAUGGGUCCCGGAUCCAGGUGACCGACUCUUCAGCCAGCGACCUCUUCCUCCGUUUAAGGAAUCGUCUAGCAUAGCAACCUAUACCUUUCCUCUACGGACACAGGGUCGGAAUAUCGUCGAUGCUACCGGCCGUCGUUUUAAACUGGCCAGCGUCAAUUGGUAUGGAGCCAGCGACGAGCUGUUCAUUCCCGGCGGCCUCGACGUACAGCACCGCUCCGUCAUCGCUACGACUAUCCGGCUGCUAGGCUUCAACAGCGUGCGCUUACCGUACUCGGACGAAUUGGUCAUCCGAAAUCCGCAUAUCCUCCCCCACCUCCUCACCGCAAAUCCCGACCUCGUCGGCCUGCGCGCCCUCGAUAUUCUCCAGGCCGUCGUCGAGGCAUUGACCGACGCCGGCAUCGCUGUCAUCAUAAACAAUCACAUCACGAGCGCGACGUGGUGCUGCGGCGCCGACCCGUGCGACGCCGGCUGGGCCAACGACCAGUUCGGCCCCCUGUGCAAAGUCUCGCAGACCGAGGAGGAGUGGAUACAGCACUGGGAGACGGUCAUGCGGCCCUUCGUGAACAAUCCGCGGGUCAUCGGCGCGGACCUCAGGAACGAGGUCCGCGGCGUCUGGGGCACCAUGUCGUGGAGCCGCUGGGCGGACGCCGCGGAGAAGUGCGGCAACCGGCUGCUCAAGAUGAACCGGGACUGGCUGAUCGUGGUGGGCGGGACGGAGUCGGGGAACGACCUGAGCAAAGUAGGGGCGCGGCCGGUCAAGCUCGACGUGGCGGACCGGGUGGUGUACUCGGCGCACGUGUACGCGUGGUCGGGGUGGGGGAGUAAGGAGGGGCGGUACGCGAAGCGGAGCUACGCGUCGUUCAUCCAGGCGAUGCGCAAGAACUGGGCGUACCUGGUGGAGGAAGGGGUCGCGCCGGUGUGGGUCGGGGAGUUCGGCGCGCCGCGCGACCCGGGCGUCGGCGACGCCAACUACUGGCGCAACCUGCUGCGGUACCUCAAGCGCAUCGACGCCGACUUCGGGUACUGGGCCAUCAACCCGCGCAAGCCCAGGGACAACGCGCUCGAGACGUAUUCCCUCGUCUGGGACGACUGGGUCACGCCCAUCCUCGACUACCGCAUGCGCGACAUGACGGAGCUGAUUGCUGGUUCCGGGGGUGGUGAUGAUGAGGAUGAGGAUGAUGGCGAUGGCGAUGGUGAUGGCGAGGGGGAUGGGGAGAAGGAAGGGCUUAAGACCGGGGAUUUAUAGGGUUUUAUGGAGGGUGAGAUGAGGGGUUGCGAGUUAGGCUUCGGGCUGCAAUGAAGAUAGGGAAGAUGUGCUGGAAAUACCCACGUGGGGAGGGAGAAGAAGAAGAAGAAGAAGAAGAAGACGUCAUAUGCUCUUGAAUUAUAGCCAUGGGAUAUCACUGAUCUAGGAAUACGCGGCGGUUAUGACAGUUAUUAGUGGGCUUGGCCCGAGUCGACGGAUUGGUUGAUUGCGAGUCAGGUCCCUACCUAACCUAAGCCAGCGGGAUUAGAUAAUCCGCUUUUCGUCAUGCUGGCACAUGAGAGUCGGUUGUUUGUUGGUGCUGUUGCCGUUGAUGAUGGUGGUGGUUGGUUGGAAUUAAGCAAACCAACCUGUUGAGCUUUUUAGAAGCGGGCUAUAGGCGCGAGAUCGAGUGCGUAUGAGUAACGAAUGGCGACUGGCUUAUGACUUCGUAGACAUCUAAGAUAUUCUUCUUGCGUGCAGAUUCGUGUGAUUGCUUAAUAAGUACUUGACAAGUUGGACCUGGGCUGAGUAACGUUGGGGGUCGGUUAGAGCUAGCGAUGACAUUGGUCGGCUCAUGACGAGUAGGUGUUUGGUGAAAGGAAGUAAACGAACGACCCCCUUGUUGGUUUUUCAGUUGUUUUUAUUAAGGAGAGAGGACGGCCGUAGAAAAAAAGAAGAAGAAAGAAAAAAAAAAAAAAAAAA